UCUAUUGACGAUUGCUUUUUACAGAUGCAGUUUACAACAAGAUGGCUUGGCAAGGAGACAACAACUCGACACUAUUGUUACCAUUGAAUGUCAAUGUUCCCAAUUCUGAUAAUUUUAACGGAAAUAUUUCGUGCUCCAAACCGUCCGGAAACUGUUCUGCUGCGUCAACAAUGAAUGGGACAUCACUAAACAUGGACGAACCAGCCACCACAGAGACACUUAUUGGUCUUUCUAUUCUCUUUUGCCAGAUCGGACUUGUAGGAAUUUUCGGCAAUGUUCUAGUUAUCUGUGUUAUACUAUUAGACAGAAAGAUGCGACAAUCAGUGACAAAUAUAUUCAUUAUGAACCUUGCGAUUGCCGAUCUUCUGAUCAUGUUGUUUGGUAUUCCGGAAAUCGUACAAUUCAGGCUGAACCGUGGCUGGCUUUUAGGGAGAGUUUUGUGUAAAAUUAACAGAUAUAUCUUGGUUGUGUCAUUAUAUUGUUCAGUUUUAUCGCUGGUAUCUGUGUGUGUAGAAAGGUUUGUAGCUAUUGUUCAUCCGAUAAAAGCACAGAUUGUAUGUAACAGACGUAAGAAUAUUCUAGCUGUCGGUGUUAUAUGGAUGAUAUCGUGUGCCUGUGGGAUACCUACAGUGUUAUACAACGAAGUCAAGUUGAUGAUACCUCACGCCGACAUAUCGUUUUGUAUAACAAUCUUUCCUAAUCACCAGUUAGAUAAUAUAAUCUUCAAGUUUUUAGAGUUUACAUUCUAUUAUUUCAUCCCAGUGUGUAUACAGAUAGUUCUAUAUGCCAUCAUUGGGAGACGCCUGUACGCUAGCACCGAUGAACUUCAUACUAAAUUUCAAAUGAGAAAAGAACUAAAUAGAAAAACUGACCGAGCUGCAGAAACUAUAAAAGCUAGAAAAGGUGUUGUGAAAAUGCUGGUAGCAAGUGUUAUUGUUUAUACAUUAUGUUAUGCCCCGCCACAAAUUUUGUUAUUUUAUAACACAUUGUCUAAGACGAGAUUUCACGAGACAUGGUCCUUUCAAGUAUUUGUCAAUAUUAUUGCAUAUGUAAACUCAGCUGCAAAUCCAGUGCUGUACAGUAUAUUCAGUCAAAAUUUCCGUCGUAAUUUUAAACGUUGUUUAUUUUGUAUGUGCAUUAAAUAUAAACAUGAACCAUAUAUUAGAGCUAGAUUUAACUCACUUGACUCUCGUGGAAUCUCGAGAAAAGUCAGCACUACAAGAACUACAAUAUCAAGACUUUGAAUCAAAGAUUAAUUAUUCUACGAAACGGGCUGUGAUUUGUUGCUCCUGAUUGCGUUUUAUUCAAUAAUAUGUUUAUCUUUGUGUGUGCUUUUUUCAUUUGGGUUUUAUCCAUGCUUCAUUUAGAGAGAGUCUACACAAUUGUUUCACUCAUGCAAUGUCCUCAUAUCAUAUUUCACGUAUUUUAUUUAUACCAUGUCCCUUUGUAAUGUCUUUCCCAAGAUCUUUCAUUAGAAAAUAAAAUGCAUGAUAUAUUUUUUUAACUCAAACUUUGUCUUGCUAAAGAUCUUCUUAUUUUGUUGGAAACGAAAACUUUUGGUAUCGUUUAAAUUGUAAUUUACAUAUGAUGUCUUUUAGGAUAAGAUGUUAAGUAAACGUCUUUCUACCCCGUUGAUGUUUCAUAUCUAUAAAUACUCUUAGUUUUUCAGAAUGUAUAGGAGUUUCAAAUGUAUAACUCAAUGUAAAAUUUAGAAUUAAAAUGUAAUUUUCACGAUGCUCUUUUACAUUUAUUGCUCGUAAGAAACAACUAACAAUUUCAAAUAUAAGAAAAAGCAAGGAAUUGUAAUUACCAGAGUCAAUAAUUUUAUUACAGAUUAUAUUUCUUUUUCAUCGUUUCUAAAAUGCCAUUUUACUCUUUAAAAACAAAUUUCCAUUUUUCUUUUAAGUGAACGAAAGUUACAUUUUCUAAGUGAAAUCUUGACAUAAACUGAUGUACAAUUUUGUUUUCCUUUUUGAAAUGUUGUACCAUACAAUAUAUUCCCUAGCUUUCCAUUACAACUGCAAUUGGCGUUCCUGGUGAAGGUUGAGCCAGAAAAUCGCAAUUCAAAUGCAUCAAAUUAUAUACUGUAAAAAAGUAUCUUUCAUUUCCAUUUGAUUUUAAAAUUCAAAUGGUUUCAAAUUAUUAGAUUUAAUCAAUGUCUGAACUUUCUUCAAAACAAGGAAUGUUUAUAAUAUAGGAUUUUUGUUAUAAAUGCCUUGAUGCAAAUAAGAAGAAACAUAUCAUAAAGUGAAAAUAUAUACACACUGAUACAUGUAGUUUGAGAUUAACAAAAGAUCGUUAAUGGUUGCUUGAAAAUCAUUUCAAACAUGUCACAGGUUGCUUUUAUUCAUUUCAAAUAAAUAUAAGUAUCACAAAAUCAAAUCAUGUACAUAAUACUUAAUAUUUGUUGAUGUUUUAUCUUUGUAUAUAUUCAAAGUAUAUGAAUAUUCAUCGACCUUG